AUGGGUUUUAUAGAUCUAUUAAAGCCAGCGUUUUCUCUCAUCCCAGAAGUAUAACCUGCAAGACAAUAUAUUCCAAAAGAUCAUAAAAUAGUAUGGACAGGUAUUACUCUUUUUAUUUACUUGGUUUGCUGUUAAAUUCCUUUAUACGGAGUUGUUCGUGCUCAAGGUAGUGAUCCUUUCUACUGGAUGAGAGUUAUUUUAGCUUCCAAUAGAGGUACUUUGAUGGAACUUGGUAUCUCACCUCUAGUUACUUCUUCUAUGAUUGUUUAACUUCUUGUAAAUACUAGAAUUUUAGAUUUUAAUGCCAGAGUUUAGGAUGACAGAUAAGCAAUCUAGGGUGCUUAAAAAUUACUCGGUCUUAUUAUGUCUAUGUGUGAAGCUUUUGCUUAUAUCUGGUCAGGCUAAUACGGUGAUCCUAACAAGAUUGGUCUUGGUAGCUGCUUACUCAUUUUCAUUCAACUCGUUUUUUCUGGUAUCGUCGUUUUACUUUUGGAUGACAUGCUCAAUAAAGGGUACGGUUUAGGAAGUGGUAUUUCCCUCUUUAUAGCUACAAAUAUUUGUGAAAAUAUUGUCUGGAGAUCUUUUUCACCUAUUACCAUUACAACUUAAUAAGGAACUGAAUUUGAAGGAUCUAUUAUUAAUCUCUUCCAUUCAUUAUUGACAAAAGAUAGAGUUAGUAAUGCUUUGUAUCAUUCAUUCUAUAGAACUAGUGCUCCAAAUCUUGUUAAUUUAAUUUCUACUCUCCUUGUAUUCUUGGUAGUUAUCUAUUUAUAGGGUGUUAAGUAUGAUUUAAGAAUAGCUCGUCGUUAAGAAAGAAACUCUGAAUCAUCUUAUCCUAUCAAGCUUUUCUAUACUUCAAAUUAUCCUAUCAUCUUACAAACUGCCCUUGUUUCUUAAAUUUUCUUCUUCUCAAGAAUCUUAUCAUCCAAGUUUAAGAACAACUUCUUUGUUAAGCUCUUAGGCUAAUGGUAGGAUGGUUCUGUUGCAGGUGGUUAAGAUCACCCUAUUGGAGGUUUUGUUUACUUCCUUACUGCCCCUAGAGAUUUGAAUUAAGUCAUUAGUGAUCCUAUUCAUGCCAUUUUUUAUGUCUUGAUAAUUUUAACUCUUUGUGGUGUCAUUUCUAGAUAUUGGAUUGAAUUUAGUGAUGAAUCCACAAGCAGUGUCCAUAAAAAGUUUAUGGAAGAAAAAAUAGAAAUUCCUGGUCAUAGACAAGAUUCGGUUUACAGAACUUUAGAUAGAAUUAUUCCCACUGCAGCUACCUUAGGUGGUAUUUGUGUUGGUGUUCUUACAAUAGUUGCUGAUUUCUUAGGAGCCAUCGGUUCAGGUACUGGUAUUUUACUAGCUGUUAAUAUUAUUUAUGGUUACUUCGAACAAGUAAAGAAAGAGAACAAAUUAAAAAAAACUGGUAUAGUUUAAUAGUAAUAAUAGUAAAUGUGA